AACACCCCUACAGGACGAUAAUGGUACGGUCGGCUACGCCUGUCAAGUUGAAAUUGCACAUUUCAAGGGCAGUUAUACCAGUCUGUCUACUCAGUCCUGUCUACUCCUGAGAGCACUAUUAUGAACAUGCUGUGCAGAGUUGGCCAGAUACGCAGGUGUGCAGCCAGCCUCAGCCUCAGCCAAACUGUAAACCAGGUAGCUGCAUCAAGGCAGAAGCACACGCUCCCUGACUUGACCUAUGACUAUGGAUCCCUGGAGCCCCACAUCAAUGCAGAGAUAAUGCAGCUGCACCACAGCAAGCACCAUGCCACAUACGUCAACAACCUUAAUGUCACAGAGGAGAAAUAUCAGGAAGCACUUGCAAAGGGAGAUGUGACGGCACAGAUCGCUCUCCAGCCUGCUCUGAGGUUUAAUGGAGGAGGCCACAUUAACCACUCUAUCUUCUGGACAAACCUCUCUCCAAAUGGGGGCUGCGAGCCACAGGGGGAGCUGAUGGAGGCCAUUAAGCGGGACUUUGGCUCUUUCCAGAAGAUGAAGGAGAGGAUGUCUGCGGCUACAGUGGCAGUGCAGGGCUCGGGCUGGGGCUGGCUGGGUUUAGACAAGGAGAGUGGAAGACUUCGUAUCGCUGCCUGUGCGAACCAGGAUCCCCUGCACGGAACUACAGGUCUCAUCCCCCUCCUUGGUAUCGAUGUAUGGGAGCAUGCCUACUACCUUCAGUACAAAAAUGUGCGGCCGGACUAUGUCAAGGCUAUCUGGAAUGUCAUUAACUGGGAGAACGUGAGCGAGCGUCUCCAGACUGCCAAAAAGUAGAACCUAAUCCUCAAAGAUCCUCUAACUCAUUUCACGCUCGCCUGGACCUGGGUCAAAUGGUAGAUGCGAAUAAUGUUCAGUUUUAUGAUGCACUGAGACUUUCAGAUGAUCAGUAACAUCAAAGUUGAUUAAAUUAACUCUAAAAUAUUUCCUAUGUUUGUGCAGACUACCACCCUGCAUGAACACAGGUUGAAGCAAACGUAAAAAAUUAUUUGCAAGUGCUUUUUAUCUCAGGUCUGUUCCCGAUCUCUAUACUCCUUUUCAAGCGCACAAACCUUUUCACAUUGAAGCUGGCUAUUGUUAAUCCCACUGAAAUAUCGGCUGUCAUACAUGUAAACUCGGUGUCGGGCAACAAGAGUGCAACUGAGACGUUAUUGCAGUCUAUGUUUUUGAUGUAUUAUAAUAAAAUUAUAUUUCAAUUGUA